AUGAGGUCUCAGAUUACAUGUAUUGUCGCGUCGGCAUGGUUUGGAGUUCUAGUAGCUUCAAGGUUGACUGGAAUACCUACGGUCCCUUUUGAAUCGGCUUCAGAUGCUUCCUAUACCAUUUCUAGCAUUGAAACAAUCAUCGUGGACUCCCAGUUCGCGAGUGCUAGAAACGAGAAAGGCGAGACGUUGAUACCGCCAACACUGCAUGAAUUCGCAACAACAUUUGCCGACGACCUGCAAAGUUCGUUGGGAAUCAAGGUGGAUGUUACUCUUGCAAUAGAGCCGUCACCUAACUCGAUCUUUCUCACACUCGGCGACGAAGCAGACUAUGUCGACGCUGCAGGCGUUGAGACAUCCGAGGGCUACUCGCUCUCGGUCUCCUCAGCGGGGAUAACCAUCACAGGCGCAAGCCCCCUGGGGGCAUUCUGGGGCACCCGAACAAUACUGCAGCAGGUGAUUCUUGGAGAUGGCACGAUGCCCUAUGGGACAACUCAAGAUGCCCCAGGAUGGGGCAUACGGGGAAUGGCCCUCGACGCAGCACGACACUUCUAUCCUGAAUCAUUCAUUAUUGAAAUGUGCAGUUACAUGUCUUUCUUCAAGCAGAACACAUUUCAGCUUCAUCUCAGUGACAACCUGAACGUCAAUACAAAUCUGUACACGACAGAAAGGAGCUUGGAGCUCUACGCCAGGUUCAGACUGUGGUCUGAUUCAAAUGAUGUUGCCGGGCUGAACAAGUACAAGAACGAAUCAUACACCCGAGAGCAGUUCGACAACAUCCAAUCCGCUUGUGCCGCUCGCGGCGUUACCGUUCUCUCCGAGAUCGAAGCUCCGGGCCAUGCCUUAGUCAUAGUACAGUGGAAGCCGGAACUGGGCCUCAGCACCGAUCUCAGCCUGCUAAACAUCUCCCACCCCGAGACGAUCCCCACCAUGAAAACGAUCUGGAAGACCUUCCUCCCCUGGUUCCACACCAAAACGGUCCACAUAGGCGCUGACGAGUACACGGCCGAAGUCAGCGAGUACAACCGGUUCGUCAACGAGAUGUCCGUCUACAUCAACCAGGAAUCCCAGAAGGACAUACGGACCUGGGGCACGUUCCCGCCGCACCCCGAGUACGACAACGUCUAUGAGAACGUCUCGGUCCAGCACUGGGAGUUCUUUGAGGAUAAUCCGUACUAUGAUUACAUCAUGAACAAGUACUCGGUUCUGAACUCGGAUGACGCGUACUACGUCGUGAAUAAGUGGUCAGCGAGCUAUCCGCAAAAAGUCAAUAUUUCGCGCACAUUUCAUGGAAACCCUGCGACGAGGGGACUCUGGUAUCCCAAUAUCUUUGAUCAGAACAACGCAACUAACAACCCUCCCAAGGCGAAUCCUCUGGUCCUUGGUGCGGUUGCCCCAUUGUGGAACGACUAUGGCGCCAACGCGUCGGUAUACUCAGAAGCGUACUACGCCUGGAAAGAAGGUAUCCCUGCCCUGGCCGACAAGCAAUGGGGAGGUGACCUCGCCGAGUCCGAGUUCCCCUCCGUGUUAUCUGCCCUUCACCCCUACAUCCCGGCCCAGGAUCUCGAGAAGAGCAUCCAGUCCAAGACUUCGACCAUAUUCAACUACAACUUCAGCAGCGUCAAGAAGAACAACACCAUCGCCGAUCUCUCGGGCAAUGCAUAUGACGCAUCCACGACGUGCAAGCUGGCGACAAACGGCUCCUUAGCUAUCAGCCCUUCUUGCUCACUCAAAACCCCACUGGGGUCCAAGGGCCGAGAUUACACCCUGAAACUCACACUCCGCGUCGACGAACUCAUGGCCAACACGGACGCGACUUUGAUCUCCGGCCCGGACUCAGCGCUCAUGCUGACGCCCAACAUCACGCUGUUCACAGAGGGAAACUACUACAGACUGAACUCGACGAUUCCGUUGAGUACUUGGGUGGAGCUUAGUCUGAUAGGCCGGGGAACUCAGACAUUUGCCCGUAUCACGCCUGUGGAGAGUGCUGUUGCAGAUGUGUAUCCGAAUGGCACUGCAGGGGUGGAAGAAGAGUUCUUGACUACGAUCGGAGUGCUGGGUGAGUUCUUCGUCUGGGCUUCUAUCGCUAUCGAGGCGCCACUUUCACUAAUCGGAGGUGCUGGGUCCGGAUGGGAGGGGGAGCUUGCUAUGUUGAGUCUGAGUUCUGAAGCUUGA